AUGAAUAUUAAAGUCUUUAUCAUUAUGUUGAUUUUUCUCAUUAGCGGAGGUAUAUGAUUAAUUGAUUUUAGUUCUUACAAGUAAAGUUAAAGAAUGCUAAGCAAAAUGUGAUUCUUAGAUUAAUAUUUGUAUAUAUACAUGUGCAUAAUCUCAAAUGAGAUAAUCUUUAGAGAGUUAAUAACAAUGCAAAAAAAUGUGUGAUCAAGUUAAUAAGGAAUGCAAGAAUUCAAAAUGUUACUUAGAUAGUUGA